CUUCGAUCAAAAAAAAAAAAAAGUCAACGCCAGAAGACGUACUAUAUAUCGUACAAAGUUUUACAUUUAUACAGAGGAAUAAAUAUCUACAGAAAAUUAAAAUGGGCGCCGUGCAGCCAGGAGCAGUUUUGAGCAUUGAACACACCUGGGUGCACUCAACUCCAUACGCCGCACUGCCACCCUACGCUGUCAUCGGUGGCCACGACUCGGAUCGCAGCCCCAUCUAUGUGGGCCGAUCCUUCCACGAGGGCGAAAACCUGCCUGCCAAGGUCAUUCCCAGCAAGGGUUGUGCCUACUUGGCCUAUGGUGGAGCGGAACACUCGAAGACCCACUACGAGGUGCUGGUUGGACAGGGCUUCGCUUGGGUGCCCAGCUGCAGCGGUGGUGUGCCGCCCAAUGCAGUUCGCAGUGGUACUACACGCACCGGCGAGCCCCUUUACGUGGGACGGGGUCACCAUGCCGGCAGCUUGAGCGUCGGCAAGGUGCAUCCUUCGCACGGCUGCCUUUACAUCCCCUUCGGCGGCCAGGAGGUGCGUAUCAACACCUACGAGGUCCUACCAGCAGCGGGACGUUUGGGUUUCGGCCUCGCCCGCCUACACUCCGCCUGGAGCUGUUGUCGCUGGCCAUGACUCUGACCGGACUCCCAUUUACGCCGGACGGGCCAUGCACGAGGGCGAGAUGCUCCCAGCCAAGGUGAUUCCGAGCAAGGGAUGCGCCUACGUCUGCUA